UCAGGGUAGUCACCGGGUGCGAGUUAAUACUCAAAAUGACCCCUGAAAUUUGACCUCCAACUGAAUUUAGCCCUUGAAUUACCAAUUGACUCAAAUUGUACCUUAAAAUUUUAAAACGUGGCUCAAGUUGGCCCUUCCGUCUAUUUCCGUCACCGGAAAGCUGAUGUGGCACAUGUAAUUGACACCUGGCAACCUCAACGGUUAUCUGACGUGGCGAAAUUCUUGUAUGCAUCAAUUUAGCCCCCAAUAAUUUAAAAAAAAAAAUCUAGCAACCCCAUUUUUCCCAAAUCAUAGUCAUUUCUGGUGAGUUGGAAAGCAGCAACCAAGCCUCAGGUAACUCCACGAAUCCACGCUAAUUCUCAAUUCGUCAUUCGCGCUUCGGUUCUUCAUCAGAGCCAUGGCGGUGGAGAACCCACAAGAUUCGUUGAAGAAGCUCGAGUACUUGUCUCUUGUUUCGAAGGUUUGCACCGAAAUGGAGUCUCACACUGGAAACAGUGACAAUGUACUCGCCGAGUUCAUCACCAAGUUGGGUCGAUCUUCCGAGAACGUCGAAGAAUUCGACACAAAAUUGAAGGAGAACGGUGCCAAAUUGUCGGACUAUUUUGUCCGUGCACUUCUCACGAUAAUCCACGCUAUUCUCCCUCCGAAGAAGGAUUCUGGGAACAGCGACGUCAAGGGUUCGAAGCAGAACGGUGGUGGUUCGAAGGGGAAGUUCAAGGCACUGGCUAUUGCAGAUGAUAGGGAUAGGGUUAAGGAGCUGCAUAAGGAGAUUGAAGCUGAAGCCAAAGAGAAACAUGGUGGUGUUAGAGACAGACAAAUACACGAUGAAGAUGGGCACAGAGGAAGAGACAGAGAUAGAAGGGAUAGAAGAGAUAGGAGGGACAUGUAUGAUAAAUAUGAUAGAGAUGAAAGGCAUAGAGAUAGGAAUAGAGAUAGAGAUAGAGAUAACGAUGAUUAUGAUGAUGAAAAAGGGGAUUCUAGGAGAAGGGGAAGGAAUAGAGAGAAUGAUAGGGGUAGGGAUAAGGAUAAGGAUAGAUAUGAGAGGCGGAGGAGAGAUGAGUGUGAAGAAUAAAAUGGUAGUUAUGGUGAAGAAGAUGGUGGUGGUGACAGGAAAGGUAGGAGGGAUCUGAGGCAUAGUGGAGGGGGUGAAGUUGAAUCGUACAAGGUUUAUAAAGGAAGAGGUGAAGCCUGAUAAGAAGACUUAUGCAGGUUUUUUU